AUGCUUCGUUCCUCGCAAAUUCCUCGAAGGUUGUUCUCAAUAUCUUCAAUAAAUAGGAUUUUGAGUCAAGAGUUUAGGUUGGACAAUGAAUGGGAGCAACGUAUUUCUCAUUUGAAGGAAUUUAAUAUGGGAGGAUCUUAUGAAUGGAUAACAUCAGUUCAGAAGAAGAUGGCUGGUGAUGGAAAGGCCAGGUAAUUUUUUGUUUUCAUUUUAUGUUUUUAGGUAUAAUUUUUUUGCUUUAACAGACUAGUUUAGGUCUUAAAACAUUGUUUUAAAUGGUUUUCGAUAUUAAACUUGCUUUUUAGUGCUAUUGAUGUAGAUGCUGCCGUAUGCAUUGCGAAAGAGCAGGAUCAGGUUGAAGAUGUUGUGGACUUGGUUUACAAACUUAGGCACACUUCAAACGCUGGAUUUACAUUACCUUCUACAUCUUAUGGACUUGUUAGACUAUUGUUAAAAUAUGAUCAAGUUGCUGAAGUUUUUAAGGUGUUGAAUGAUAGUGUAAGUAAACUUUAACAUUUUUUUUGUAUUUUUAGUUUAUUUUCGUUUGUUUUUGGCGUAUAAUUUUAUAGUAAAAGUAUUAUUUAUUUAUGGGAUACAAGUUUAAAUGAUUAUAGAUAAACUAUGGUGUAUUUCCUGACGAACACGCUUACGCUGUAUUGAUAGACUACUUUUUAAAGAAGAACAACGUUCCAGGUAAGUUUUUAUAUUAGUUUUAAACAUUUAGAUAUUGAAAAUGGAAGUUAACCAACCAAUUUUAUAAAAUUUGAUGUUUUAGGUGCAGCAAAGGUGGCAUCAAUGGUGAUGCAACAAGAGAUGUUUGACAGUGAAUUAUUGAAUUUGGUUGGAGUUUACAGUUUAAUCAAGUUUGUUGAACUAGAAAAAGAUCAAAGGGUAUUUGAUGAUGUUGUUAAUGGCAAAGAAGCGGUAGAAGAGUCGAAUGACAUGGAUUUUGAAGACGAGGUAAGUGCAUUGAUUUUUUUAUUUUUGGUAAAAAUUUAAAAAAAGUUGUUUGAAAAUUGAAAUUGUGGCUUAACAGACUAGAUUGAGUCUUUUUUAAAUGUUUUGUAGUUGUUGAAGCACCUAUAGAUAAUGAUUUAGAAUACUUCAUAAAGUAAUGGCUAAUAUUUUAGCUGACUUUCCGUUUCCCCUAUCUACGUCCUGCUUAUAAUGAUAAUCAUUUUGAUAUCGAAUCGGCAAAAGAUUUGGUAGCAAAAUCUUUAGAUUGGUAUUCAUGGUACAAGCCUGAAUGGAAACCAAGUCUACAGUUGUUAUCAGCAGUAGUGAAAGAAGAUGUCUCUAAAGUUAAACUGAUCUUGGAAAAGAAAGAGAAAUUAGAAGGUUCAGCUGUUGGAUUGGCUAAAAAGCUGAUUGAUGAAUAUUCUGGAGUUAAUUCGGAGGAGGUAAAGGAAGGAGAAGAAGCUAAAGAAGGUGGAGAAGAAAAGAAGGAAGGCGAAGAAGCAACGGCAGAAGAAGCUGGGCCGUGGGAUGAGGUUAAGGUAAGAAGAUAAUAUUAAGAAGGAUUUUUUUUUAAAUUUUUGACUUAAUUUUUAAAAUUUUUUCAACAACUUUGUCAUUAAAAGUCUCAUACAUAAUUUUUCAGAAAUUAUUGCCAAAAUCAGAGACCACAGAAGCGUUCUCUACAGUAGUCCACAACCACAUCAAGGCGAAUCAAGCUAAUCUUGAGCAAACGUUAAUCAGACAAAAAAAAGACUCAUUCACAAACUGGGCCAAUCGACGAAGGGAACUUAUUCAUGCUCAAGCCGAACACCUCGAACUUCAGCUUCAGCUCAAAGAGAUUGCGAAUGAACGUCAAUUAGCAAAGGAAGAGAUCAAGUUGUUGCGAUUCUUUGACAACCGAGUGGAAUGGGAAGAUAAGGCCAAGGAAAUGGACGAACUGUACCACGAGUUCCAGCUCGAUGUUGAGGAUGAAAGUCAGACAGAAGAAGUUUAUGGCCGCACGAUCUUUGACAAGGUCAGAGAUGAACGCAAAAUGGCUGUGCAUCAAAAGAAAUGGUAG